CACUUCAAAAAUCUUCACAGAUUAACAAAACUAUCCAUCCAACUUUAUCACUGAAUCUUCCAACUUUGUCUUUGAAUUAUGGGUAUGGCUGCCAGUGGGGUGCUUCAAACUAAUCAACGUCCAUGCUCUUUCUUUCUUGCUUUGCUUCUUAUCACUACUGCUUUCUCUUCUUCCAAUGCUCAGCAACAAUCCCAAGUUCCUUGCUAUUUCAUUUUUGGUGACUCUUUAGUUGACAAUGGUAACAACAAUCGUCUUUCUUCUUUGGCUCGUGCCGACUACCUCCCUUACGGUAUCGACUUCCCUCGUGGCCCAACUGGAAGAUUCUCCAAUGGCAAAACCACCGUUGACGUCAUUGCGGAGUUGUUGGGGUUUAAUGGCUACAUCCCUCCCUAUUCCAACACGAGAGGCCGAGACAUACUUCGAGGUGUGAACUACGCGUCUGCAGCAGCAGGAAUCAGAGAGGAAACUGGCCAACAAUUGGGAGGGCGAAUUAGCUUUAGUGGGCAAGUAAGAAAUCACCAAAACAUAGUUACACAAAUCGUAAAUAUUCUUGGUGAUGAAAAUACAGCUGCUGAUUACUUGAACAAGUGUAUAUAUUCAAUUGGAUUGGGUAGCAACGACUACCUUAACAACUAUUUCAUGCCUCAAAUCUAUUCGUCAAGUCGUCAAUACGCGCCUGAUCAAUACGCUCAAAUUCUCAUUCAACAAUACACACAACAGUUAUCGAUAUUGUAUGACAAUGGAGCAAGGAAGUUUGUGUUGUUUGGAGUGGGCCAAAUUGGGUGCAGCCCAAAUGCAUUGGCAAGUAGCCCAGAUGGGAGAAGUUGUAAUCAAAGAUACAACUUUGCAAAUCAAUUGUUCAACAACAGAUUGAAAGGCCUUGUGGAUCAACUCAACAGAAAUCAGCCUGAUGCUAGAUUCAUUUACAUCGACUCUUAUGGCAUUUUCCAAGAUAUCAUUAACAGCCCUUCAUCUUUUGGUUUUAGAGUUACAAAUGCUGGAUGCUGUGGGAUUGGGAGGAACAAUGGCCAAAUAACAUGUUUGCCUUUUCAAACUCCUUGUGCCAACAGAAGAGAAUAUCUAUUUUGGGAUGCCUUCCAUCCAACUGAGGCUGGAAACUCCAUUGUUGGAAGAAGAGCUUACAGCGCUCAACGUUCCUCCGAUGCCUACCCAAUCGACAUUCGUCGCCUUGCUCAACUCUAGGCUUAAAUCCAACUUAUAGGAAGUUAUGUAUAAGUUGUUGGAAGAGCUUUAAUUAAUUUCCCUUUAAUUGCUAUAUGUGCCAUUUCUUGAGAAAAGAACACGUGGGUUUGUGUGCUACUCAAUUGAUGGCUUGUGUUUGUAUUUUAGGUGUUUGAGAUUUUAUCUAUAUCUUUCAUGAUAUGUCCUAAGGAAAAUCAAUUAUUGAGAAUGAAUAUGUUAUAAAUAUUAUCUUACCAAAAGAAUUGUGUUGUGACUUUUUAUAUCUAUAUACAUAUACACACAUUACAUGGUUGGAGA